UUGAAAUUCCCAGAGCGGAUGUUGAUAGAUGAACACCGCAACAGCAGUUUCCUGUGAGCUAGCUGCACAGCUAAACAUUGAUAAAUGACAGCGGGUAAGAACUUAUCUCAACAGUGUACGCAGAAAUACAUUGACGUUUUAAGGUAAACAAGUUAGGCGGCUAUGGCGUGGCAUCUCAGUUUGAAGUGACUGAGCUCUGGAGGAAAAGUUUUUGUGUCUUCGUCUCACUAAAGUUAAGCUGCAUGCUAGCAUGCUAGCAAAAGACUACAGGAAGUUAGCUCGUUAGCCUUGAAAGCCAACCUAGUAUUAUGAGGCUUACGUGUCUUUAUUUAUGUUAAUUUCAAAUAACGUGUUUGAAAAUGGACAACGAGGCUAUAAUAAUCCGCAUAAAAACACCGCUGGGGGACAUGGACUCGUCCGUGGACUCUCCAUCUCUUCUGAACUUCAAUGACUUGAUGGUCGCAAUCAGAGAUGUGAUGCCAGAAGCUACAGUCACGGCAUUUGAAUAUGAAGACGAGGUGGGAGACAGAAUCACUGUCCGAAGUGAUGAAGAGCUCAAAGCCAUGUUGUCAUACUAUUUAAACACAGUGAAUGAGCAGCGCAUGAAUGGACUGCUCCCAGAUCCUCUACAAAUUUUUCCAAGAGCCGGCAAGACUCCAGGGAUCCGGAACAUACAUGGCCUGAAGGUCAAUACGAGAUCUAACCCUGCCAGUGACUGCACUCAUGCUGCGUCUGACUCCAUAGCCAACAACAGCUUAAAAAAGUCCUCAGCUGAACUCAAGAAAAUCUUGACGAAUGGGCAGCAGAUAAAUGCCCAAGAUAUCCACUAUCAGGAGCUGCUUGGCCAUGGAAAUGGAGGCACAGUUUACAAAGCGUACCAUGUUCUUGGCAAACGGGUUUUAGCUGUCAAGGUCAUUCCUCUGGAUAUUACUGUGGAGUUACAAAAGCAAAUUAUGUCAGAAUUAGAAAUUCUUUACAAGUGCGAUUCCCCGUACAUCAUCACGUUCUUCAGUGCCUUCUUUGUAGAGAACAGGAUAUCCAUAUGCACAGAAUUUAUGGAUGGUGGAUCUUUGGAUGUCUACAAAAAAAUUCCAGAGCAUGUGCUGGGGAGGAUUGCUGUGGCGGUAGUCAAAGGCCUGACAUAUCUGUGGAGUCUGAAGAUUCUUCACAGAGAUGUCAAGCCUUCCAAUAUGCUGGUGAACACCCGAGGACAAGUCAAGCUGUGUGACUUUGGUGUCAGCACACAGUUAGUGAACUCCAUUGCAAAAACAUAUGUGGGAACCAACGCAUAUAUGGCACCAGAGAGAAUAUCAGGAGAACAGUAUGGGAUCCAUGCAGAUGUCUGGAGUGUAGGCAUCUCUUUCAUGGAGCUGGCACUGGGAAUGUUCCCCUAUCCACAAAUUCAGAAAAAUCAAGGAUCCUUAAUACCUCUCCAGUUACUGCAAUGCAUCGUUGAUGAGGACCCUCCAGUACUUCCCAUUGGAGAGUUCACUGAAAUGUUUGUUCACUUCAUCACUCUCUGUAUGCAACGAAACCCAAAGGAGAGACCUGCACCCAACAACCUAAUGGAUCAUCCCUUCAUCAUCCAGUUUAACGAUGGAAAUGCAGAGGUGGUGUCCAUGUGGGUUUGUCGCUGUCUGGAGGAGAGGCGAGCUCAGCAGGCUCAGUGAUGCUCCGCCCCUCUUCUGAUGGACACAAACAAACGGUUGACUGCAGACAUUUGCAAAGACCAGUGGAGUCGAGAAUGUUUGUAUGAAAUGCACAUAAAACUGUAUUAUCAUGGACAAAACAUCUUUUAAUACAAUCUAUAUAUGCUUUUUUUCCCACACAAAGUGUUCUUUUCAGUGCCAUCCUGUUAAACCUGAAAUGUUCUGAACAUUCUGAUGAAGGAAGAUAAAUAUUUGUGGUCCAAAAUCUAAUACUACAACAUCCUUUACUGUUUUCUAAUGAAUUUUGGAAUAUUCCAUUGCACAUCUGGACCAGAACAAAGUGAUGGGACUUCCUCACCAGGGAUAAAGUCGGACUAAUACCGACUUUACUUACAAAUCAGCGUGCUGCCCAGUGAACCUGCAGACUGUAAAAUAUUCUCAUUCCUCUCUUUAUUGUUCACAUCAAAAUAGGUUUUCAGACAUUUCAAAUCAGUUUACAGAUUGGUUGCACUUUGACUCUUUUUUUUUUUUGCACAUUACCUGUGGUAAAAAAGUGGACUUCAACUAUUUUUUUCCUCUUUAUGACUUCCUUAAAUAUAAAAUCAUUGUAAAUAUGAAAGAAAAACGACAAGACAUCUUAAAAAAAGUUUUAUAUUUAUUUUUUUAUGUUUCAGACUUAGUGUAACCAAAAUAUUUAAAGAAAACAGAUAAUCAAUAAAAAACCUUCAGAUAAUGGAAUAAAAAUAGAUAUUCAAGUGCUUUAAACACCAAAGACGAGCCAAACGCUGAGGUAACUACAACAAAUUCAAAAGCCUGACAAAUCUUUAUUUGAAAUCUGAUGGAUUCUAAUGUAAUCUCAUUACUUUUAUGGCUCACAAGAUAAACAUGUAUAUCUUAGGAAUCAGGAGACACUUGUUGUAAAUCACUGGCACAUGAAGAAUGACCUACUCGUACAUAGUCGAGACAUGCUGCAUGUCAUUUAGGAAAAUCCAGCUCAAGAACUGAAUCAGAACCGGCCUGAAGAUUUGAAGAAAAGUCCAAACACAGGCUAGAAUUAGGGUCUGAUGUGCUGAAGAUGAUCACUUACCCUGUCAGUUUUUGUUGUUUUUGAAGGAUUCAUAGAAAAUAAAAAUUAAGAAAAUGUUUCUUAUUUCACAUCUGCCACUCCUUUUCUCUGCACUUUUAAUCGUUUGAUUUCAUAGAACAAAAGAAGAGCUUGUAGUGAUGAUGUUCCAUCCAGAGAAGGUCUACAGUGUGCAAAGUGGAGCCCUUCAGUCCUGGUUGAUCAGAAGCUCAUCAGGGAACGCUGCUUCUGCUGGUCAUGCUCAAAACUUCAAGAUUUUCAAGUGAACAUGAUAUGUGACAUGUGGACCUGAACACUUUAGCCUUAAAUGUAACAGAUUUACUAUAUAUUUAGCUCAAAAACGAUAAUAAAAAUGUGUAAAUGUGUCUAUUAGGAUUCUGCGGUAA